CGCUACAACCUCUUCACUUGCAACUAGCAACAACAAAGAUAGUUCUAGCAAUGGUUGUAAAUUUUCUGCCGAACAAGGAGUUUUGCAGAGUAGUAGUAGGGAGAACAGUGAGUUGGAAUACCUGAUUGGGGGAUGCUGGCCCCCAAGCGUAGAAGACACAAGUGUAGAUCUAGCUCAAACUUCCUUUCAUGGCCGUGGAGAUGUUGCAUCUACUCUAGACACCUUCACCUCAUGUAGUACUACAACGACAACUGCUGCGUCACGAAGCUGCAACGCUGCUGAUUCACGAAGUAAAAUUGAGCUGCAAAAACAAGUAGCCAACAUCAAUGAUAGUAGAACUAUUCCUCGUGCUGAGAGUUGGUGCUCUGCAGUGACGGAGGUGGAAGACUACAUGCGCUUUGGAAUGCAGUACGGCUGUCCUGAAUCAGCCUGUUCUACCGCAUCGUUAUCUACAUGCGCUACAGCAGCCGCAAAAACAGCUGGAGGUGGUGGAGAGAACCUGUCCGACGCAACGUCCGUUACUCCAGCAGGAAGAGGACUGGUCGACGUGACAACACUCAGCAGCACACCAGGGACAGCGUGGAACUCCCCGUUUCGCGGUAGCAAUGAGUUCGCCUCUUUUCCAAAUAACAUGGAGGUGAGGGCGGAUACGGUAGCAGUCGCUCACAGCGACGAGAGCUCAUUCAUCGAUCAGUUUCACAUCCCGAUCAAACCAGGACAAGACAACGACAGGAAAAACCAUGCUCAAGAACCUCUUGCACCGCAAGUAGGCAGUUCCUUUUCUGCCAGUAGCUAUAAAAGCUUUGACGAGCAGCAGAGUGGCAGCAACCCCUGCAACAGACCGAGCACAAACACGGGCGUGCCGAUUGAUGCUCCAAGUUUUGCAGACGGCAACUUCUAUCCUCCUUUGCCCGCUUGGAACCGCAGCGAACGGGACCAGAGUUUCGUUUUUGGGAGCUGUAGGAGUCGUUCUCAGUCUCCGAACGAUCCUGGAGAGGGUUUCUACAAUCCCAGCAUCUACAACAGCUACGGUGGAGGUGGAGGAGGAUAUCAUGGCGAAACAUGUGGCAGCUCGUCGUCGUGGUACAACAAUUACAACUACAACUCCUCUUACUCGACAAGUAACUACUACAACUUAAGGCUCAACUUUCCUUGGUCACCAUUUAGAUUGGGGUCACUGAAAUCGAAGAUGGCCCCCCCGUGAGAGAACAGGGGAAAAGUGAGGGAAAACAAGUAGAGAGAUGUGGGGCCCCUCCCGUUCAGAGUCAGUGACCAGUGACUGCUGACCUUUAAACAACGGAACCCACCACCACACGACUUCCACUGGUUGCACUUACAGCCAUUCAAAGGAGAGUCAUAACAAUUUUCCUCGCGUGCCUGUGCGUAUCCAUAACUCUGGCAGCAACUUGACAGCGGAUCAUUUCAACUAUUUUGAGAUGGAGGAUGAUUCGGUCGACAGCGGAGACGCAACAUCGCCAGAGGAUAUGGACGACCCACUGAUAGGAAGGCAUUAUGGAGGCGGCCCUCUUCAGGGUUUAGGAGGCUCCACGACAUCGUCCGGCUCGAGAGACGAAGGCAGAGACUGUGGUGGUGGUGGCGACGAGGGCAGAAGAAUAGAUGGACAUCAUCAUGGCGGGGGUACUGCUGGACAACUUCUUCAGGGUGGAGGAUGUCCUGAUUUGGGCCGCUACCAUCGACCUGAUCAUGAUCCGCAAGGAGGUCCUCGUAGUGCAGCUUGUUCAAGUAGAGGUAAGAGGGCGACUUGUCAUGGUAGGAGUGAGCAUGGUUGGGGAUACUACUGUGGCCCAGACAGAGUACUGCGCAAGGAUUCUGAGGAUCAUGCGACCCCUGCUGCGGAUACUACUGGUAGCCGCGGGAAGGCCAGAACUAGAGACGCUUAUGAUGUAGAAGCCAGAGCGAGAGAAGAUGGCCAGCUUACCGACGAUAGGAAACGUAGCAAAGACCUGCUCUCUAGGGAACAAUACGAUUCAUCUGGUCAAUUGAGUAGACGAGCAGGUUCUACUGCUGCUAGCGGACGUACUUCUGGUGGAACCGGCUGCGCGGGCGAAACCAGUCGAGACGGAAGACGGCGGCGCCGACGAGCAGACAAAGGGAGGCAAUGUCAAUCACCCAGUGCUAGUGUCGUAGGAUCAGGCGUCGAAGACGAUACCUCCAGACGGCCUUUGAGUGAAAAGAUUGCACAGCCUGGUAGCCAUCGUGGUCAUAGAACCAGCCGCAGCAGUAGGGGUACCAGUCAGCGGACGAGAGGUAAGGGCGCCAGAGGCGAACAGCAGCAGUCCGCGCGUGACUCGAGCAGGAGUCGUGGUGCCAACAGUCGUCGUGGUUCUGCGAGUGUAGGCGUGAAAGAGACCCUGGUGAUGCGCGACUAUCGACCGGGUCACGAAGACCGCCCUGAAGACUGCUACACGCGAGCGUCCACAACUCUGCAGCCGCCACGUGCGCAACCACGGAGCAUCCUAAAGAAUACGCUGCAUCCGGCGGAUCUAGCCCCUGGUGCUAGUGCUACUGGUGCUAGUGCUAGUGCUACUCUCGAGGACAAUCAUGUCCAGACAACAUCUGUGGAGGGGGGCAUUAAGAAGAGAAGUAGCUACAACAUCACAAAUAUGGACGGUUCCAGAGGUAAAACGGUACGAAGAUGUUCCCACGGGAGCGGCAGUUCGUCUCGGGAGAGGAGAGACGUUCGUCAAAAAAGAAGUAAAAACGCGUCGCCACAAGAUGAAGAGAGGCAAAGAAGAGGCGAAGAAGAGACGUAUUCUCGGUCCUCCACACGACACAAGGAUAAGGAGGGCCAUAAUGAUGGUGUGUGCCGUUAUAGAAAAAGCUCCGGCGGAAAAACAUCUUCGAUCAAGUCCUCCUCUGCGUCUAGUCGUGCUGCGGCGCAUGAUGCCAGCAAGAGUUGCGUCGAAAAUAGAAUGGGUGCUGCCAUUGGGACAGAGAGAAAACUGAAUCAUGUAGCUGGCGGUAGCGGUAAAAAGAGGACGGAAUCAUGUUCAACAAAAUCCUGUUCCUCUUCAUCAUCCUGUUCUCUCGCAUCAGGAAAGAGCAAGUCCUACUUCUCUACUUCUUCAGGAAAGAAGUCUUCCUCUACUUCCUCGUACAUUCCUCCAGGCUCAAAAGUCGUUGGUGUGCAGUCAAUACCACCAUUCGUCGCCUUUAUACUUGGUGCCGCUGCGCGGUUUGUGGCCACGCUUACAGUCUAUCCUGUGAUUCGCCUGAAAACUCUGGCGAACAUUCGAAAAGGCAACGACCAGCCGAGUUACCUAAAACUGCUCCUCGAUACGCUACGAAACGACGGCGUUGCUGGUCUUUACACCGGUGUUCAGUUCGAGUUAUCACGUGGCGUCACGCAGUCCGCAGUACUACUUAUAACAUGAUUGUUUUCACGUAAAAAAGCUAAAGAAUUUAAUGGUACUUACGCACAUUCGUUCUGGAUGUCUAUCUUAUUCAGUUUCAAGUACAUUUGUUUAUAUGCCUUCAAAAAUGGAAUUGCUACAAAUGCCGCAUUUAAUGAUAUACAGAUAUAGAUAUAGAGCGGAACAACAUCAUCAUACAUCCCUUCUCCCUGCUCCCUUCAUGAUCAUGCAUCGUCUUAAUCCCUUCAUGAUCAAAGAUACCUUCUAGAACCCUACAACAAGGACUCCCCUGAAAAUCAUACAUCCCUUCUAUAAAGGUGAUGUUCCUUAUCGUGGAGUCUUUGCGUUCCAGAGUCCGCAAUGUGAUUACCAAUGCUGACGUUGUAGGUUCGGCUAGGGGGUUGGCGGUUGCUGGCGUGUGGCUCAUUUUCCUACGCUUUUUGACAGGGAGUGGUACCAGUGUUGUAAAGAGACUUCUCAAUAUCAAGGGAUGAAGACUGUUGGGGCGACCAGAGUUGCUGAAUUUUCCUUUUCCACACUUAUUUUUUCCGUAUUUCCUAUUAUUCAGACAUGUUAAUGGCAUCGCUCGGAUGAAACUGCUAAUUGAUUGUUGCGUCACUCAGACAGACUCAAAGAUUUUAGGGCAUUCCACGACCCCGGAAGUCAGCAUAUUUUGCUAAUACGAGCACACGCUCUGUUUUCGUCAAGGAUAAGAUUCGAAUAUAAAAGAUACCAGGCAAAAGAAAAAGUGAAGAGACCAGUAGAAAAAACGGAG